UGACUUUGGAUCAAAACACGGCAUUCAAUUACUCUUUCUUUUGACUCGUCUCGUCUCCUCAGCAUGCCCCGUUCUGCAUGGAAAGGCCCUUUCUUUGUGGCACUGCCUGGUCUUAAGCAAGCAUUGACUCAAAACAUCCCUGUCCGGACAAAUGCUCGUGCCUGUACCAUCAUUCCUUCCUUUGUCGGACUCAAAUUUCAAAUUCAUAACGGCAAGGACUAUGUACCCUUGACUGUUACUGACGAAAUGGUUGGACACAAGCUUGGCGAGUUUGCUCCCACAAGGAAACGCUUCUCUUAUCGCCAGACCAAGAACCGUUAAAGCAUCAAGAAAAAGAAAUGAUAUAUACAUCUUGAUUUACAUUUCAGAAACGCACAGAAAGGAACAAGAAGGCAAAAAGAGUGUUGUUUUUCGGAGAACAGGACGAAGCAGGAUCUUGUCAGUUUUCUUUUUUUUUUU